AUGAACACAGAUCCUGCCACAAACAACUGUGGAACACCGAAUUCUCCUUUCCUAUCUGGUCACAAUAGCAGCAAGAAGAGGCCAUCAUCUGAUGCGAAGGCUCUGAAACGCAACAAACGAGGUGAGACGCCACUUCACAUUGCAGCCAUCAAAGGCGAUGCACAAAUGGCUGAUAAGCUCAUCAAGGCUGGUGUCGACCUCAACAUUAAGGAUUAUGCUGCUUUUACCAUACCUGAUCUUCAAAUCAUGUCGUUUUGUGCUGGUUGGAGUCCCUUGCAUGAGGCAUGCAGUCAUGGUUUUAUGCAAGUUGCUCGGAGUCUUCUUGAAGCUGGUGCCCAUGUUAAUAUCCUAGGUCUGGAUAACGACCUUCCAUUGCAUGAUGCAGCCUGUAAUGGACACUUUCAGGUUGUCGAGUUGCUGCUUAAACAUGGAGCAAACCCUUUCUUUAAAAAUCUUAAGGGCGAGUCUGCCAUUGAUGUUGCUAAUGGGGACGACGUUGUUAUGUUAUUAAAAAAUGGAUAUGUUACGAAUAGUAACAACUCCAACUCUACAACUGCCACCACAACUAGCAGCACCGCCACCAAUCACAGCAACCAUAACAACAACAACAAUAAUAAUAAUAGGAUCAAUAUGAGAUCACCUGCAACACCUGAAAGUCUAACUUCAAAUUAUGAAGACGAAGAUCGAACAAAGCUUAAAAUUGGUUUGUGUUUUUGUGAUGACUUGGCUUAA